GCUGAAACGCCGGGGGCUGAACUGCUACAUGUAUGCGCCCAAGGAUGAGCUGAAGCACCGGCUGCUCUGGCGAGAGCCCUACACAGAGCAUGAGGCAGCCCGCAUGCAGUCUCUCAUUGAAGCUGCCCAAGAGCAGGGUGUGGAGUUUGUUUUUGCCAUUUCUGCUGGCCAGGACAUGGUGUUUUCCAGUGCUGGGGAUCGACUCCUGCUGCAGCAAAAACUCAGGCAGGUGGCUGCCAUGGGGUGCUGCUCCUUCGCACUGCUCUUUGAUGACAUCGACGCCUGCAUGUGCCAAGCUGACAGAGAAGUCUUCCCCUCCCUGGCACAGGCUCAGGCCUCUGUGGCCAACGAGGUGUACCAGAAGCUGGGCCAACCCUCUGUCUUCCUCUUCUGCCCUACAGAAUACUGCAGCUCACUCUGCUCUCCCAGCCCCAGCCAGUCCCGCUACCUGCAGACUAUUGGCCAGGAGUUGCUCCCAGAGAUUGGUGUCAUCUGGACAGGCCCAAAGGUGGUGUCACAGGAGCUCUCAGCUGUGCUGCUGGAGGAGGUGGAGGGUGUCCUGCGGCGCCGCCCUGUCAUCUGGGACAACCUCUACGCCAAUGACUAUGACUGCAGACGUGUCUUCCUGGGCCCCUACAUGGGACGUGCACCUGGUCUCAUGCCCAGGCUCCAUGGACUACUCCUCAACCCCAACUGCGAGCUCCAGGCCAACUUCAUCCCCAUACACACACUGGGCACCUGGUUUCAGAGUGAGCUGGGGAGCUGUGCCCUCCCUGAUCAUGCAGGUACUUGA